GUGGUCUGUGGGCUGCGCAAACCGCAAACAAAUUACAAAAGCAGUAUAAAAGGACUGUCUGAAAUUUGCUAAAAUUAUUAUGAUAAUAACACUAAAAUCUUAUGACUUGAUGGGAUAAUUUACAUUCUCAUAAAAUGAGUAACCAAGGACGUACCUUAGCUAAGAGGAAGGUGAAGCCGGUGGAACCUCAAUCUCUUCUCGAUUUCGAUCUCGGAGAGGGAGAAAGCUCUGAUGACUCUGACUUCAGAAUUGAGGAUCACCCGGAAGACAGCGACGACUACUCCAUAAAUAGUGACGAUGAUGAUAAAAAAGACAGAGAUUCAUCUGAUGAUCAAUCUGAAUCAGACACAGAAGAUGGUUUCAAAAAUUCUACAAAUAAGCUUGGAGAAGAUAUAUCUGUCACAGAUCUUCUUGAAAAAGCGAAACAGCAUGAAUUUAAGAUUCCAUUUGACCUAGCCAACUUACUGAUAUGUGCUGGUUGCUUAGGAUCCAGAAGUGAUGACUUCAAUGAAAUAGUGGAAUGUGAUGGCUGCGGUGUUACUGUACAUGAAGGUUGCUAUGGUGUGUCUGAUGUAACCAGUGAAUCUAGUACAGUCAGCUCAGCAUCAACAGAGCCAUGGUUUUGUGAGGCCUGUAAAGCAGGAGUAAAGGAUCCAAGUUGUGAAUUGUGCCCCAAUAAAGGUGGUAUUUUCAAAGAAACUGAAGUUGGUGCUUGGGUGCAUUUGGUGUGUGCACUUUAUGUACCCGGAGUUGCGUUUUCAGAGGUUGAACGCUUGUCUGGUGUGACUCUAUUUGAAAUGGCAUACUCUAGAUGGGGUGCUAGAUCAUGUGCACUGUGUGACGACACCACUCUGGCACGAACUGGCGUUUGCGUCGGCUGCGACGCAGGAUUGUGCAAGACUUUCUUUCAUGUAACAUGUGGACAGAGAGAGGGAUUACUAGCGGAAGCUCAUACUGAGGAAGCUGAGCAAGCAGAUCCAUUUUAUGCUCACUGCCGUUUGCAUUCAGAUAAAGCACUAGUAAAAAAGCGUAAAAGGAAUUGGCUUGCUCUACAAUUGAGAACUGAGAAAAGGAAAUUGGAGUUGGAAAAUAACUUGAGUGUAGAAGAAAAACUUCGUAUACAAAGGAAACUCGUCAAGUACAGAAGAAAGUAUUUACAACAAAAAGAAAACCGUAAUCCUCCAUGGGUGCCAACACAAAAGAUGGCUCGAAUGUUAUAUAGCAGUGCUUCUGCAAUGAGGAAGUUUCAACGCAAAGCUGAGUGUAUGGGAAUCGAUACCCAUGCCCUCGAGUUUCAAGAUGCUCAGAUGGCAGCACUCAAAGACGUGUCGCGUCGUUGGCACGUGCCGCCUGCGUUUUCGGUCGAAUUCGUUGGUUAUUAUCUCGAGAGGAACUCGCGUGUCACAUCCCUACGGAAGUCAUUAGAACGUCUUACCAAGGAAAACGAAAAACUACUCGCUGAAGAUGAAGAAUUAAGAACCAAGUAUGAUGAGGCAUCAAAAGAGAACACGGAUGCCCUAACCGAAUUGACAUCUACUCGUCAAGCGUUGCAGAAGAUAUAUGACGUAAUAGUUGCGUUAUCACCCAAGAAAGCGGUGCCAGAGAUACUGGAAGAGAAGCCUCUAUUGCCGCCGGUCAUUCAACGUUCAAUGCCGAAGGUCACACCGCAACAAUUACAGAAACGGUCAAUGUCUGUGCCAACCGCGGCAGCACUUAAGAUGGGCGUUGGUUUUCCUCUUAGCGACAAUCCGGACGCUCGCCAAGGAAAAGUGUUAUCUACGUCGUUAGAAGCAACAACCGGCGCCCUGGCGGCGCGCGAGUGUGCUGUCUGCGGCAGGAGCAGCGAGCGGCAUUUGAUGGCGGCAUGCGACACUUGCCGCCAUCAUUACCAUCUGCAUUGCCUCAAGCCACCACUACAACGGCCGCCGAAGAAGAGCAAACUCUAUGGAUGGCAAUGUUCCGAAUGCGAUAAAACUUCCGAUUCCGAACCGGAAGUGUUGGAGAAGAAGGUGCCGCGUCGCUCACGUAUUCGUUAUAGCAAGGACGGUGCUAUCAUCACUGAGCCACAGAGUCCCGGCUCUACGCCUAAUUCGCCUCCCCCCAAACCUAAAUUGGAGAAGCCUCACAAAGAAAAGUCCAUGAAAGUGGUCACUGCAGAAAAUCUGUCGCCAAUCAAAGUUACAAUUAAGCCAUUCGAGUUUAGCAGCGAAAAUGAAAGUGGCGAGUUCAAGAAGAAAGACAAAAAAAUAAAGAAAUCCAAACAGAAGGAGCACGCCUCCGGCUCCGCGGGGGAAAACGAGUCUCCAUCUAAGAAACUGAAGCGCAGUUUCACUUCUCCAACUCUUACGAAUACUCCAUUGAUGUCUAUCACUCCUAUUGUCGCUGACAGCCCUAACGAUUCUCAUAACGAAAACUCGAAUGCGUCGACUAACUUGCCUCCUCUGAAGCGAGAUGAGAGUGUCCAGAAUUUAUCGUUCUCCUCUCUCCUAUCUGAAACGAAAGAACGAGACAGCAAAGCGAUAGAAAGCUCUAUCGAGAGUACACUGGCGAAUCUCUCGUCUGAUAUCGCCACGUACAAAGCGAAUAGGAAGAGAAGGAAAGAGAAACAUAGAUCGAGAUAUUCGCCGGAGUUGUUACGGUCUCCCUCUAAAUCUCACAAGCAUAAAAGAAAGAAGAAGUGUCAGGAUAUGGAAAAUCCAGAAAUGCCUCAUCCAAGAAUCACAAUAAAGAUUAAACCAAUACCUAAACCUGAUGGUUCUUUGGACACCCAAAUGUUUUACGUCCCCACUAACAGUAAUGAUGGUCCGCCACCGGCAGUCAUCAAAAAGAUGGCGAAGCAUUCGGAACAAGAAGUACCCAAAGAAACACCACCGCCUCCAGAAGUGGUAAAUCCAGUCACGGAAUCAGAUACCACUACACCUGUCAGUCGAGCGCGUACGUCUCGUGUCCGUCGCACUACCGGCACGGAGACAGUAUCGCCCGCGACGGCCAAGACGCCGAUGACGCAUUGCGACGUGUGCACGCAGCCCGGGGAUAACUCCAAUCUCGUCAGAUGCGAUGAGUGUUUCAAGAGGUAUCACUUCACCUGCUUAGAGCCACCGCUCAACAAGAAUCCUAAGAUGCGGGGCUACUCGUGGCACUGUGCUGAUUGCGAUCCUACUGACACAGAGGAUAAAGAUUCAAGCGGAGUCAAGAAUUGGUAUAAAUAA